ACAGACGGGUUUUUUUCUCAACAAUCUGUCAGUGGAAUUCAUUAAGGAAUGUAGCAAAAGAAAAAAGAUUUUAAUUCCGGGUCGAACAUGCAUUUUCCAAACAACACCUUUUCCGAAAUAAAUCGCACGGCUGGUCGAAUAGAAGCCAAUGAAGGUCAUUUAGCGGAAAUUUUUGGAACGAUUUGUACAAAAUACGUGGCACCUUCAAUUUGUGUUUUCGGAAUUAUUGGAAAUUCUUUUAGCCUGGUAGUUUUGAUGCGGAAAUCUCUCAAGCAAUCCCCGUACAUCAAUUUGAAGGCUCUGACCAUAGUUAAUCUAUUAGCUUUACUGGUUUCUUUUCCUUAUAUGAUACGAGGGGAAAAUUCGACUGAAUACGCCUGGCGGUGGUACAACAUUUACAUUUUCAUCCCUUUUGUCAGCUUGCUAACUGCAACAAGCAUUUGGAUUGUUGUUUUGUUGACUGUUGAGCGCUUUCUGUAUGUGAAAUAUCCACUUCGGGCUAGAGGACAGUGUGGAAGAAGAGGAACUAUAAUUCGAAUAUUAUCUAUAUUAUUUGUAGCUCUCCUCAUGUCGCUUCACAAAUUUUUCCAGUAUGAAUUAGACCCUAUCAAAGGGAAAUACGUCGAAACUGCAUUCAAACAAAGUCUAAUGUCAUUUAUCAUAGAAAUCGCACUGAUGGUAAUCAUCCAUUUUAUUCCCUUGAUUGUUCUUGCGGUAAUCAACAUUGUGCUGGUGAGAACUGUGCGCCAGGCCCGGAAUCGGAGGUUGAUGUUGAACCUGCGCAAUAACCAGGAGGGAGGAUGGCAGAAGGACGAGAGGCGCUUCACCGUCACACUUGCCAGUAUAGUAAUUCUGAACAUCUGUUUUAUUGGACCAACAACAGUCACAGACAUAUUGCAUCUGAGCGUACUUGGCGGACAUAGUGAAAAUUUAAUGACAACGAUUGUCUUCAUGCGACACAUUUCAAAUGUAUUACUAUGGUUUUGCCUCUCUUUUAAUUUUGUUUUGUACUGUACCUUUAACAAGAGGUUUUUCAAAGCAAUGAAAGAAAUAUUACAGUUUCACAGAUUUCGACGAAAUCGUUUCCAAUCGGUAAAAUCGUCGGAAAUGACGUUUCUACGCUCAACAAACUUUGACAGCUGAUUCUCUUGAAGAAAGCAAUUAUCAUUAUCUUUGACAAUUUCAGUAUCUUAAUCUAUUGGAAGUUCUUGAAAAUCUUUGAUACACACUUACAUAUCACUUUUGUCAUUUUUCAUCACGAUGUAUAUAUUUUUCAGCACAAUCUGUAGGUAUUUUUUACAGAUUUUUUUUAAACGUCAGCCUUUGAAACUUAAAAAGGGCAGAUAAAUCAGGAGAGUAAAAUGUUAUUAGACCCCACUAGUAUUGUGUGAAGUGCUGUUUCUUUAUUGAUUAGAUAUAGGUAAAUUUGUAAACUGUUCAAUCAAAUUUCUGUUUUGUUCAAUUUUUGUUCAUUUUUAAUUUGAAAUAAUAAAAAAAUGGUUGUUUUCGCCA